CUGCUCCGAGAAAACACAAGCGAGAAAUAAAAUGGCGCUGCACGCAAGUGUAACACAUUUCUCUCGACUAACGGGACGAAUUAUUGGCUCCUUGUCAGUCAAAUGCACGCGGAAUUCAACCCUGCCCGCAACCAUGCGGUAUAUAUCCAGAUCAACUGGAAAUAGCAUACAGUUCAGACUGGACGAGCGGACUGCACACAGCAGUCUGGACCUCUUCAAGAAGGACACAGGGGUCAUCUACCGCAUGCUGGGCCUCGACCCCAGCAAGGUCCAAGAUAACCCGGAGCGCUUCCGCGACUGGGCCGUGGUGUUCGGCAGUGAGAAGAUAACGGGUGGCCGUCACUACUGGGAAGUGACGGUCAAAAAGUCCCAAGAGUUUCGCCUGGGCGUGGCCGAGGCAAAGAUGGCCCGGGAAGACUGCGUGGGCACCAACACCGCGUCCUGGGUGUUUGGUUACGCCCAGCGGAAGUGGUCCGCCAUGACCAGCAACAAGAUGGUCCCCUUGCAGCUCGUCGGGAAGCCUGAGCGCGUCGGUGUGCUGCUGGACUACGAGGCUGGCCUCCUGGCGUUGGUGGACACUGAGAGACAUAAGAUCAUCCACAGCAUCAGGGGCCGCUUCAGAGGCCCUCUGUGUCCGGCCUUUGGACUUUGGGACGGGGAGUUGCUGACACACUCAGGCCUGGAGGAGCCAGAGAGCUUGGUGUGAUCAUGUGAAUAUGAGACGGGUUCAUACGAUUCAAAAGUCAUUUCAAUUUUGGAGCUCAUGAUAAUAAAGAGGGGACCUGGUUUGACAGUAUUUCAAACAAACAAUUAGGGUUAGGGCUACUAAUCUGUGCACCACACUUUAUAGUAGCAAUACAAGUCCAGUGUGUUCACAGUGUGUUGCACCAUUAUGAAAUGCAUACAUUCUCAGGCCAUCCAGUGUGAAAGCUAUUUUUGUGUAUGCCUUUAUGUAUGUAGCUUAUGUAGUACCAAUCAAAACAAUGUGAGGAAAAACAAUAUUUUUGUGAAUUCAGAGGGAGGGAUGGCUAACCGACAAGAGUUAUGUAUACAAUUGUCACAAUAUAUGACGAUGACAAAUAAAGAUAUCAUUGGAAAUACUCUGUCAAUCAGAUUUAUUACCACAUUUACAUGGUGAUUUCAAAGUAAGUCAUAUUGGAUUCCAAUAAUUUAGAUUUACAAAUCACAGCUUUAUUGAGCCCUACCAACAAGGUGAAAAUCAUGAAUCCAUACUGAAUAGAAAGUGUCAAUGCUUGCUGG